CGUUACUAGACAAACACUAAAACACUACCAAAUUGCAUCUCGAACUGCUAGAAGCUCAACCAAGAACAACUCUUCCAUAUCAUUAUACAACUCUUCCCACAUGAGAUAUCAAAGAAACCCUAGCAUGUGGCAUAGCCUCCCACUCCCCCAGUCUUAGAGGCAUACUGGGACUACUUGUUCUGAUUGAUUGCAUAAUUCUCAACAAGAUUAGGAGCCAACAAAGUAUGAAUACAAACUAAAGCUGAAGUCUUAUAGUUUGGUUUUGGUUUAGAGGCCCAACUCGUCCCCUAACAAGUGCGGUUUGUCCAAUCAGUUGACCCAUCAAUUCCUUUAUACAAGAUUGACAUUGGCAUUUGUUGGAAUUUUGGUUGAAUCAAACUAAGCGAGUCAAACCGGUUUUUAGGAUUGCAGUGACCAAACUAGUUUAGGGUUAGACCGACCAAAUCAAAUAUUCUAAUUAAAGGAAGGGAUACAUCACUUUGAUUUAGCGGCAGUUUUAUUUUCAUGGAUAAGACAAACCUUAUGGAUAAGGAUAAACUUUCAUAUGGAUAAAGACAACAUUUCAUUAGACAAUGCAUGGAUUCAAACCCUAAAAAUAGAUGUGCGAGGCGGAUGAUUCAACACAUGAUCAAACUAAUUUUCUUCUUCUUCUUCUAUCGAAAAACUUCUAAGUUUGUUUAACAUUUUUAAGUCUAGAGCCUAGAUUGGUGAUAGUGUAAUUCUCGGUAGAAAUUUCAUGUAACCCAAGGUUUCGUGGGACGUGGAGCGUAGAAAUAUUCUUUUCAGAAAGUGAACGUAGUUCAUGACUCUAUCACUAUCCUAGUCUCUCGGUUUCGGGAAAUCGUACGUACAACCUCGUCUGUAAAGACCCAACAAUCGAAAAUAAUAAUUUCUGGUACGAUGGCUCAAGAUACUCUUUAGAAAAAAAAUUAGUUAUGGUAUAUGGAAAUGCUGAGAAUUUUCGACGGUGAGAAUUUUAAUUAAUGGUAGUAAAAAUGUGUUUUCUUUUUACUACUCUUAAGGUAUAUUCCAUGUCCGAAAUGUAACUUGGAAGAGGAAGGAGUCAAAGAUGAGGAACAAGGAGGAUGCUUUGUGAAACGAAGAAAUAGAAUAAUAUAUACCUUUGUGUAGAUCACAUACUUAAUGGUUUGUCUCAUUCCUUAUUCGACAUUUACGAAAUUCUAUACGGAUUUGGAUAUGUCUAGUGGUUUGAUGAUGUGGUUUUGUCUAGUUUUCAUGUUAAACUUAGGAAACAAAAGCGUAUAUACAAUGUGUGAUGAUCUAACAGUGGAGCCAUCAUAUGCUUUUAUGUAGAUGAUGUGCUUAUCUUUGGAUCCAUUCAGAUAAGUGAACUUUACUAAAAAGCUAUUGUCAUCUAAACUCUCAUGCACAACACGAGGGAGUCAUAUGUGAUUCUGGAUAUCAAAUCAAGUGAACCGAUAAAGAAGUUCCAUUGACUUAAUCUCGCUACAUUGAGAAAGUGCUUGAUCAAUUCCAUAGUGAAAAUUGUCGGUUAAGACCCUAGGGAUCUAAGUAUGAAACUUAUGCUUAAUAAUGACCCACCAGUUUCACUACUGGAGUAUUCCAUAUUAAUUGGGUGCUUGAUGUAUUCAGUGAAUUGCAUAAGACUAGAUGUCGCAUAUGCGGUAGGACAAUCAAGUAGGUAUACGACUAAUCAUAAUGCUCAUCAUUGACAUUGCAAUGAGGCCUGUACUAGAAUAUCUCAAAAGGCACAGUGCAUUAUGCAUUGAUAUAUAGUGUGAUUUUCAUUCAAUUUGGGAGGAUACACUGAUCCUAGUUGGAUUUCUGAUCUUAAAGGUAACCUGACACUAAAAAGAACACGUGCAUCACUAGUUCCACUAUGAAGUCAAAGUUUGUGGCUUUGACUUCUUGCGGAGGAAAGGCAAAUGGAUGGAAGACUUGGUUUAUGACAUUCCUUUUUGGUCGAAACAAUUCUUACCUAUUACUAUAUUUUGUAAUAGUAAUGCAACUUUGGCUAAUGUAUAUAGACAAGUGAAAAUGAAAAUUUGAUCAUAUGGGAGUUAGACGUGGUAAAAUCUGAGGAUUGAUCACUUGGAGUUGUGUUCAUAAAAUAUGACUGGGCUUAAGAAAGUUUAGUUGAUCGUUUGAUGAAAUGAUUGGCUAGUGAUUUGAUAGUCAAAUUUGCGAAAGGAAUGGUUUUAAAGUCUAUAUAAUUUAUGAUGAAGUGAUAUCCAAUUCCCUUAAUACAAUGUUAGAGGCUGAACGAAUUAGUAGGGCAAUGGGAGGAGGUGGAGCCGGCCGAAGCAGGAGCAGGAGCUGGGAGGACGAACGUCGUUCGGAGCAGGGACAGGACAACAAAGAGAGGCAGCAGGGCUGGAGAACACAGAUCGACGAGCGACGAGCCGGGAGGAUGGACGUCGUCAUCGUUGCUAGGUUGGCUGAGGGUUGCGCUCGCCAAAUAGACAAGCGACGGGGAGCAUCGACCAGUUUGGGGUGGAGCUUUCAGAGCUCGUCUCUUUCUGUUUCCUUUCCAAUUUCCACGAAAUGGUAAUUAGGGUUCAGCUUUAGAGAGAGAACCCUAUGUUUUUAUAUUUUUAUAUUUUCUAAUUUUUUUAAUUAAACUAAACGACCGAAGGGAAAAAAAAUCAAGCGAGCAGCUCAAGCGGUUAACCGCCUCGACCACUCGCCGACCGCUUUACAAAAAAUUGUCGCAAUUUUUUAUUGUUGCGAGCUGGUUUGGAGGUCGGGUGAAAGUUUUACUGGUCGGAUCAACUCGAUUUUAAUAACAAUGAUAAUUACCAUAAUACUCUUACUAAUUAUAUAAGCACCCUAUUCGAUCUGAUCCGGCAAGCAACCCCUUCCCCAAAUUAGCUUAUUUCUCAACUUGUAGGGAUCGUAACGGGUCGGGCAGAGGGCGGAUAGUGCAUAUCCGUUAUGCUAUCCAAAGUAGUUCGGAUUUUACAUAUACCAAUACCCACGUAAGAAUCAGACACAAAAUCAAAAUCAUACCCAUACUCGCUCGGAUUUCGGGUAUCCAUAGUUAUCCAUGGAUAAUAAUUUAUUUUUAUAACUCCAACCAACAUGUUAACAUUCACACGUAUGUUCACGUUACAACAUAAGUGAAUAAGUACCAAAAUAAUUCAUUAGAAUAAAGAAAAAUAAUUUCAAAUAACGCAAUUUUAUGAAAAUAUUAUAUUUGUAUGCUAAAUAUAAGAUAUUGUUGGAAAAAUAAUGAUAAUUUCCUGAAAAGAUAUAUAUUGAUUGUGUAUAAUCAGGCGGGUUCGGGUUGGAUAGUGAGAAAAUCAUGUCCAUCCAUUUCCCCCAAUAUUCGAGUUCGAGUUGUACCCAUAACCACUAAAAAUUCUUCAAAUUCAAAAUUUACUCUACCCAAUUAAAUCGGAUUCGGACAGAUAUUUUCCAAUUCUAAGCAACGCCUUGCCUAAUUAACUAGCAAUACUAAUAAAUAAUGAAUAACAGUUGUAGUAUUAUUGACCACAUGUCCCUCUCAAUGACCCAUGCCUUACUUCAUCACAAGAACCAACAUGAAAUAUGGAAGCUGUAAAGUAUAUUUGAAUGAUGAUUCCGCAUUUAGCCAGACGCAAAUUAACAAAGACAAAAGACUGCAUCAUUAGUUUCGGUCACUGGGCAUAAACUCAUUUAAAAUUU